CACCGGGGGCUGCGCCCGCCUCCGGCCGCCGGCACUUCCAGGAGCGCGCGCCUCGGCGCGGGGACGCGGUUGGCCCCAGAACUUGCGCCCACGGGCCAGGCCUGCAAGGAGUGACCGGCACACUUGCCGUUCCGUUAAAGACCAGGUCGGCUAAGGGUCCAGCCGGGUGUCCGUGACAGACACUCGGGGCACGUCGCUCCGCAUUUCUCAAAUUGCACAUCACGGAAGAGUGAGACCAACGUCACCGGUGAAAACCAGUGUCUCGAAAGUGACGUAGAAGAGAAACAAUCGGAGGGUGUCACAGCAGGAGCUCUGGUCAGCGCCUUCACUGUAUACGUGCAGCACGUGCCCACACUUAGUGUGCGCGGGAGCCGGGCUGUGGCAGCCCUCCUGCGUGGUUUCCAGUGAAACACACUUGACCGUCACCGCAGGGACUCACUGUCCUUUGGUCCCAGGGCUGGAACAGUCCUGCCGGGGGCUUUGAGCCUCUGAGGGUGGGCCCCCAGCGAAAGCAGGUCUCUGGUCUCUCCUCCAGCAGCUCUUCGGUUUGGGUCCCUGACGACUUCUCUGGGUGAUCACAAGCAUGGAGUAGCAGUGGUUACUACGUGGCACACCCCCUGGCCAGGGCCAUUCCACGCAAAGCCGCCUGGACCCUGAGGUCGGACCCUGUGACAUGCCUGCCAUGACGGCGCUCUUCCGUGUGCUCUGGCUUGCUCUGGCCUGUGGCUCUGUCCACACCACCCUGUCAAAGUCAGAUGCCAAAAAGGCCGCCUCCAAGACACUGCUGGAGAAGACGCAGUUUUCAGAGAAGCCCGUCCAAGACCGAGGUCUGGUGGUGACGGACCCCAGAGCUGAGGAUGUGGUUCUUGAGCAUCGCAGCUACUGCUCGGCAAAGGCCCGGGAAAGGAACUUUGCUGGCGACGUCCUGGGCUACGUCACUCCGUGGAACAGCCAUGGUUAUGACAUCGCCAAAGUCUUCGGGGGCAAGUUCACGCAGAUCUCGCCCGUGUGGCUGCAGCUGAAGAGGCGUGGCCGCGAGAUGUUCGAGGUCACAGGCCUCCACGACGUGGACCAAGGGUGGAUGCGAGCUGUCAGGAAGCAGUCCAAAGGCCUGCGUAUAGUGCCGCGGCUCCUAUUUGAGGACUGGACCCCUGAGGACUUCCGGAGCGUCUGGGACAGUGAGGACGAGAUAGAGGAGCUCAGCAAGACCAUGGUCCAGGUCGCUAAGAGCCAGCACUUGGACGGCUUCGUGGUGGAGGUCUGGAGCCAGCUGCUGAGCCAGAAGCAUGUGGGCCUCGUCCACAUGCUCACCCACAUGGCCGAGGCGCUGCACCAGGCCCGGCUGCUGCUCAUUCUGGUCAUCCCACCGUCCGUCACCCCUGGGACGGACCAGCUGGGCAUGUUCACACACAAGGAGCUGGAGCAGCUGGGCCCCGUGCUGGAUGGAUUCAGCCUCAUGACCUACGACUACCCCACCGCACAGCAGCCUGGCCCCAAUGCGCCGCUGUCCUGGGUGCGGGCCUGUGUCCAGCUCCUGGACCCCAAGUCCAAGUGGCGGAGCAAGAUCCUCCUGGGGCUCAACUUCUACGGCAUGGACUACUCGGCCUCCAGGGACGCCCGAGAGCCCGUCAUCGGGACCAGGUACAUCCAGACGCUGAAGGAGCACCGGCCACGGAUCGUGUGGGACAGCCGGGCCGCGGAGCACUUUUUCCAGUAUAAGAAAAGCCGAGGUGGGAGGCACAUCAUCUUCUACCCGACGCUGAAGUCUGUGCAGGUGCGGCUGGAGCUGGCCAGGGAGCUGGGCGUCGGGCUGUCCAUCUGGGAGCUGGGCCAGGGCCUGGACUACUUCUACGACCUGCUCUAGGCCCAGCUCCACGGCGGACGUGGUUCCACGGCGGAGUGGCUCGUGGCGUGUGAAAUACAG